AUGGCGCCCACUUCCGGUCAACACGAGGACUGCAGAAAGGAGUCUGAAGCGCACAGCGCCCACUUCCGGUCAACAAGGGCACUGAAGAAAGGAGAAACAAAGAGUGUGUUUCCCUUCACUUUCUGGUUGGUGUGUAUCCACUGCAUGUCAGAACCAGAUGAGCACAGCCUUUCCCUAACCAAUGACGGUUCAGUGCUGGGGCAGUGGGCGGAGUUUGACCUUUUAUACUGUGAUAUGCUUCUGGAGGCUCUAGUCCCUCCCCCUGCUGAUCAGGAUCCGCGAGUUCCAGGUGAUAAAGAGGAUCGUGGUGUGGAUGGCAUGUCAGACCCGGGUCCAACAGGAGAAGAUGGUUAGUGCCCACUGAGCUGCUCACUUCCUGGUCCUCCAGGUGAACUGGGUCUUUCUGGUCCGGUAAGAUUACCUGGGUACCUUGGGCAGGUUGGAGCUCCUGGUGAUAAUGGUCUGAAGGGUGAUCCAGGCAUGGAUGGCACAGCAGGCAUACCUGGACUCCCGCGUAAUAAAGGUGAACCAGGCAUGGAGGGAAAUUGCUCAUGUAAGGGUGGACAAAAAGGUGAAGUGGGACCUGAAGGAUCUAAGGGCAUUAAGGGAGAGCAUGGCCAGAUGGGGUCUCAGGGUGUUGCGGGACAGACGGGUCCUAAAGGAGAGCCAGGGGACAUGGGAAUGAUGGGAAUGCCUGGUCCAUGCAGCCCAGCCGUACAUUCUGCAUUCUCUGUGGCACUAAGAUCAUCAUUCCCAGCUGCCAACCAGCCAAUAGUGUUUGGACGCAUCAUCUAUAACCUGCAGCAGCAAUACAAUUCGAGCAUGGGUGUGUACACAGCACCGGUCAAUGGCACCUACGCCUUCAGCUUCCACUUGACCGCCUCCACCCGCAUCCUGAAGGUUGGGCUCUUCUGGAACGUCCAGCCCGUGGUGAAGAGCACAGGGGCAUCAGAGUUAGGCUCCACCUGCCAGGAUGUGGUGCUAUUCCAGGUGAAAGACAGUAUCACUAAUGAAAUGUUCACUAGAGCUGAGGCCAACGGCACCUUUAGCAGCUUCCUCCUUCAACCUGACACCUGUGACAUCAUCAUGGGUCGAGAGCUUCCACCAAACGUCAAUGGGGUGUUCACCUAGGGAGAUCCAGAACCCACCCUAAGCCCUAAUGUCUAGACCCUACAUACUAAUCCACACCCACCCGGCACAUC